AAAUACUAGGCAGAUGGGUGUGUGUGUGUGUGUGUGUGUGUGUGUGUGUGUGUGUGUGGCAUGAGCACACACUCCCUCUGCUCCUUGUUCCUUCGUGGUGUUUAGGGCUUGUUGAGACACCACCACACUUAAAAUUCUGCUUGCUGUCCUCUCAGAGAUUACUCUUGUAUUUCCUCUGUCUACUAUUCUGGGAUCUACAAGAAAAAAGUGAGGAGGUCACUAUCAGCUUUAAUAUUUUUUUUUUCUGCCCAGAAAUUUCGAAGGAGCAUUCCUGCAGGAAGGACAUUUUCUAUUCACCAUUCAUGCAUUCAUUCAAGAGGAUUCAUCCAGUAUUAUAUUCCAGAGACAAAUAAGAUAUAUCCCAAGGAGCUUACAGGCAAAAGUUCCCCCAACUUGGGUUUGGAUAGGGCAGGAAAUAAGGAGAAAGUUAAACAUGGUGUAGUAAGGGGAUUGACUGGUAGUAAAGGAUCUGGUAAGUACUGGUCUGUUGAUUGAACUAGCAGCGGUGUUUGGGGGCAGAAAACAAAGGAAACCACUUUCAAAGUACUUAUGACAACCCCUUACACAACUUCUCAAUAAAUCCUCACUGAAAAUAUGCCCUUUUUAACUUGUGUAGAGGGCUGUAGUUUUUCCCUCGGUGGUAGUAAGAUUGGCUACAUAUAAUUCAACAUAUGGCAGCAGUCAAGAUCUUGUUUCCUAUUUUGACAUCCAGCAGUCAACAUUUUAUGAUCGGAUAUGAAGUAUGAGUUCCUUUCUCUGUUCACCUUCCUUCCACUUCUGCUGUGAAGAUAGUAGGGAGGGGAUUAACAAUGCUGAGCUAAAAGUAGCACAGAGUAAACAGCAGUUUUCAACAAAAUGUUUUUCUUAUGUAUACCUUGACCCUGAGAACUCCCAUUUAUAGAAAAUGUUUCAAAUGCCAAUCAUUUAUUGCCUGAAAAAAUAAACUCACAUGAAAUGGGACCAAGUAUACCUGUUAGUGCCUUGAUUUUUUUUUUCUUUUUUUUAGUUCCAGCAUUGAGUCACAUCCUCAGCCCAGUUUUUUAUUUUAUUUAAAGACAGGAUCUCACUGAGCUGCUUAGUACCUCAGUUUUGCUGAGGCUGGCUUUGAACUCACCAUCCACCUGCCUCAGCCUCCCUGCUGGCUGGGAUUAAAGGGCUGUGCUACUGUGCCAGGCCUGCCUUCAUUUUUAUAGUAUUAGUUAUAUUUACUUUCACUACAAAUGAUUUGAAGCAGCUUACCAAAUAUAAACAACAGUAUAUAAAAGAAAUAGUUGAAAGAAUCAUAGGGGAAAUUCAUUGAGGAAGAAUAAAUAAAGCUGGAUCCGGAAGAGUAGUUGAAGGUGGGCAAUAGGUUUGACUAUAAGCUUCCAAAUAGCCGUAGAAAAGAGCAAAUAAUGGGCUGGGUUUGUAGCUCAGUGAUAGAGUGAUUGCCUUGCAUGUGUGAGGCACUGGGUUUGAUCCUCAGAACCACAUAAAGAUAAAUAAAACAAAGAUAUUGUGUCCAUGUGUAACUAAAAAAAUAUAUAUAUAUAUGUAAAGGAAGAGAGCAGAUAACAAUUACUUGAAGGUUUUACAUUGUUUAUAAAAACCAAUUGGGAUUUUGUUUUUGAGAAACAGUUUUUCUUAAGCUUUUUAGUCCUGAGGGACAUUUCAAUUCCUCACUAUGAUCAUGCUGUUAGUUAAGUGAGAAAUAUGUAUUAUAUGGAGUUACUAUAUGUAAACUGUUGUCACAAUCACAAAAUAUAGUACAUUAAAUCAAUUUUAUGAACAUGCAAACUUUCCAGUUUAACUAAAUACUCAGAUCCUCAAUAUUCUGGUUUAAUUCAGGGUAAUAUUUAGCUCAUCUUUCCCUUGGAUGGCAAAUCAGGUUCUGCUCACAUAUCAAGUCUUGUCCAUUCAUAUUGGCUGGCUGAAUAAGUGAGUUGGGGAGUUUUGUAGCUGAGUCUGUACUCAGAAGGACAAAGUCGGGGGCUGGGGAUGUGGCUCAAGCGGUAGCGCGCUCGCCUGGCAUGCGUGUGGCCCGGGUUCGAUCCUCAGCACCACAUACAAACAAAGAUGUUGUGUCCACCGAAAAAUAAAUAAAUAAGUAUUAAAAAAAAAAGAAGGGCAAAGUCUUAUAAUAGAUUAAAAAGAUCUUUGUGGGCACAGGAUGGGUAAGUGUCUGCAAACAACAGCAUUUCUAGAAUCUCUGAUUUCAGUAAUAAGGGUUUUGUGUGCACAUCUUUUAUGCAGUCCACAAAACAUUUUUCAUGAUGAGGCUUUUAAUGAAAAUCAGGUCAUUUUUGCUCACUAGAAAACAUAAAUUGACCAUAGCAACAAAUGUAGGUAUUUCAUGGGAAAUAUUUCAGGAAGUCCAUGAGAAUACUGUAAUACCUUAACAAAAUGAAUAAUUUCUUAGAAAUUGUAAAUACUCAGGGCUAGGGAAUGUAGCUCAGUGGUAGAGUGUUUGCCUAGCAAGCAUGAGGCCUUGGGUUUAAUCCCUAGCACCUCCAGGAAGAAAACCAAACCAAACCCAAAAUUCCUGAAAUAAAUGAUCAUGUAAGAAAUUAAAAAUUUCUAAGAAGACUUCCUCUAUAAUAUGCAUGGUCCAAAUUCUUCAUUUUUAUGCAUUGUAAAUAUUUCUAAACAUGGACAGUUUUAGAAAUCUUUCUACAUCAUUUUCAAGGUGAUAGUGUGAGGACCUGGAAAGGGGAACACUUAACAAUCAGCACUUGAACCCACAUGAUAUUCGUCUAACUAAAUAUGUAUUUUAAAAUCUUAAGGGAAAAUCCAGCAAACAAUCCCAACAGCAUGCUAAAAAUAAAUUUUAAAAUCCAAUUUAAGUGUUGAAUAAAGAAGUUUAUCAAUAUAAUGCACCAAAUGGGAAAAACACUAUGAUAAUAAUUAUAGAUAAUAAAAAGCUAGUUGAUAAAUGGAAUAUAAAUAACUGAUUAAAAUAAUUUUUGAUAAUUAGAAAUAAAAAAUACCUUUAUUACAUGAUAUGUCUUGGUUUAGUUUUUCCUUUUUUCCAGGAUUGGGAUGGAAAUAAAGACCUCACCCCACCCAUGGUAGGCAAGCACUCUACAAAUAAAAUACUUUCUUAUAAUCUCUAACUCUAUGUGUAUUGACUUUUCCUACCCCAGAUAACUUCAUUUAUCCUGCCUUUUUUUCCCCCCCGGGAAUAGUUAAGUGAGCUCUUCUAGGAAAUUUCCACUACAGGUCACAGUGAAAUUGCCACACUGGCUGGGCCAACUCUGGGCAGCCCCUCCCUGUGGUACAGCUUUUCUGACUCUGUCCUUGCAGCCAAAGCAAAGGGGGUGAGAAAGAGCUCCUUCAGGUGAAUUACACUAACAGAAAGGAGUCAUCUCCAAUAAAAUUUCACCCCUCCUAGGAAAGGGAAACAAUGUGUCUCUAAAAUGCUGCAGAAGUGCCAUUUUUGAUCUUCUCAUUGUUGCUUUUAAAAUCUCAAUUUCCUCUUUAACAUAAGGGUACCCAAUCUAAACUUUCCAUUCAUGAUUUUUGAGGAAAGAGGUGGAAUCUGGGGACUGAAUUCAGGAAGAGACAACUUGGGAGAGGAAAGCUCUGACAUGGGCCUGGGGACUUCUGUUGGUGUCAAUAAGAUGCCUAAGGAAUUUUCAAAAGUUUUUAAUUAGUGUGUUAUAGAUAUACAUAAAGGUGAAAUUAACUUUCUAUAUGUAUAUAGCAUAGUUUGGUCAGUUCCUUUCCCAUCCCUUUUGCUUCCCACUCAGUCCUCUUUGCUCCACUGAUCUCCCUUCUGUUUUCAUAGAAUUUCCCUCACUCCCCCCCCCCUUAUCUUAUUUUGGUCUACCUUCUGCAUAUGAGACAAAACAUUUGACCCUUGCUUUCUAAGUCUGGCUUAUUUCACUCAGCGUGAUGUUCUCUAGUUCUAUCAGUUUACCAGCGAAUGCUAUAAUUUCAUUCUUCAUGGUUCAGUAAAAUUCCAUUGAGGUUUUGUCUCAAUUUCUAUUUGGAUUUAUGGGGACAAGACACUCUGUGUGGUGGACCUGGGUUCCAUUGUAGUCAGCCUAGGCAGUAAACCUGUUCCACUCAAGGCAUUGCUGCCAAUUUGGACACCAGAUCCUUGGUCCUCUCACAGGUCAGGUGAUUAUAAUAACUGAGGUGUUGCUUUGAGGCUUAGCAGAAUAAUCCAGUGAGCCUAGUUCAUGGUAGGUAGCUCUAGGUUACAGUUGUGUAGCUGUGACCAAUGCAGUCAUUAGCUACUGUGGCUAAACUAUAUUAAAUGCUACUAAACAAAAAGUUCAGUUUCUCAGCAGCACCAGCCCCAUUUCAGCUGCUCUACAGCCACCUAUGUCCAGGGGCUACAUACUGGGUAGCACAAGCACAGCGCAUUUCCAUCAUCAAAUGGUAUUUCAUUUAGGGCUAGGAUGCAGCUCAGUGGUAGAGCGCUUAGCUAGCAUGUGGAAAGCCUGGGUUCCAUCUCCAGUGUCACAAAAACAAAACAAAGAAGCAGAAUGGUCCAUUGGGCAGCACCUCUCCAUAUCACUAACUUGGAUUUUCAAUAAUGGCCAAACCCUAGGGCUAAACAAAACCAUCCCCUUUGUUUGAAGUGGAAGCUGUCCUGGGAUGUUUACCUGCCAAGGUAAGAGUCAGAAGAGGACACUCAGGGAAGUGCAUCCUUUGUUCCCCAGAGAUAGAAAGGAGUGAUAUUUGCUUCCCAAAUUCAAAGAGCCUAUCUCUGAACCAGGUAGUUUAGCCUUGAAAAGGUGGAAAGUUCAUGGCAAGGAAAACCUCCAUUGAGGACUCCCUUUCUUCCACUGUGCACUUAACCAGGCUGCUGCAGAAGGGGUGGGAGGGGGGGCGGAUCCCCAUUCUGUCAGCAGAGGAAACAUUCUUCUGAGGUAGAGUUUGGGAAAAACAACUAAUCUGUUUUUCAAACAGAUUUUUGUAAAUAACUGACAGGAGAUGGGCCACUUCUAUUGCAGUAUUAACCCAAGUGUAUGGGUGUUAAUUAUUAAACCUUUUAGAUGGUGGCUCACUGAUUUCUCUGAUAUUCUAAUCCGGUCACAGAAUGGCUAAGGCAGCUUUAAGUGGAGGGUGGAUUUUUUUUUUCUCAGUUUGCCUUGUGUUUUCCACUCCAGAAGAAUGUUGUGGCUCCUCUUUUUUCUAGUGACUGUUAUUCAUGCUGAACUCUGUCAACCAGAUGCAGAAAACGCCUUUAAAGUGAGACUUAGUAUCAGAAGAGCUCUUGGCGAUAAAGCAUAUGUCUGGGAUACAAAUGAAGAAUCUCUCUUCAGAGCGAUGGUGGCUUUCUCCAUGAGAAAAGUUCCCAACAGAGAAACAACAGAAAUUUCCCAUGUCCUACUUUGCAAUGUAACCCAAAGGGUGUCAUUCUGGUUUGUGGUUACAGACCCUUCAAAAAAUCAUACUCUUCCUGCUGUUGAAGUACAGUCGGCCAUCAGAAUGAAUAGGAACCGGAUCAACAAUGUCUUCUUUUUGAAUGACCAGACUCUGGAAUUUUUAGAAAUUCCUUCUACUAUUGCACCACCCAUGGACCCACCUGUUCCCAUCUGGAUUAUUAUUUUUGGUGUGAUAUUUUGUAUCGUCAUAGUUGCAAUUACCCUACUGGUUUUAUCAGGGAUCCGGCAACGAAGAAGGAAGAACAAAGGAUCAUCUGAAGUGGAUGAUGCAGAAGAGAAAUGUGAAAACACCAUCACAAUUGAAAAUGGCAUCCCCUGCGAUCCCCUGGACUUGAAGGGAGGGCACAUUAAUGAUGUUUUUGUGACAGAGGAUGAACGGCUCACCCCUCUCUGAAGGGUUGCUGGUCUGCUUUCUCAAGAAACUUAACACUUGUUUCUUUGUGACUGCUAAGCAUCUUAAAAUAUCAAGGGCAGAUUAUAUAUUUUUAUUUUGCCAUUCUUCUUUUGUAAGAAAUUUUGAAUGUAUUUGAAAGUGAUAGGUAAUCAAUUUUACCCAUGAAGACUACUAAAAUCAUAGGUGGCAACUACUCAAAAUAUUUUUCUGACAAUACAGUGUGUAGGUGUAGUCAUUUGGUAUUGUAGUUAUUGAUUUAAGCAUUUCUAGAAGUAAAGUCAGAAAUACAUAUAUGUAUGUGUAUAUAUAUAUAUAUAUAUACAUACAUAUGUAUGUGUGUGUGUGUGUGUAUAUAUAUAUAUAUAUAUAUAUAUAUAUAUAUAUAUUUCACACUUCAAAGACCUGAGGAAAAUUAAUUUUACAGUGGAUAACAUGGUAUAUCAAUGUAACAUGGUAUAUCAAUCACUGAAAAUGGAUCCUUUUUAAAUAUUGUUUAUAUCACUCUGUAUAUGACUAAGCAAAAGUAAAAAGCAAUUAUUAUAAACAGAAUGGAUAAAAAUGGGAAUAUUGAUUCACAGGAUGGAAAUUUUCCUGUUAUACCAACAUGAUAUAUUGCUUAUCUAGUUUCUGAAUAUCAGUCUCUAAUAGAAGAGUUUUAUUUGUUGACUAUUUCUACAAUAUGUAAAAAUUCAGUCUAUGCUAAUUUAAUAAAGCACUAAUCACCUCUUUA